AUGGGGCCUGGUGUGUUUGGUGAGACAGUGUCAGUGUUGGAGGGAGAUUCUGUCACACUAAACACUGAUCUUACUGAAAUACUUGAAGACGAUGACAUACUGUGGAAAUUUGGAGCUGAAAUGUCUCUCAUAGCUGAAAUCAGUCGGGAGAAACAAAUCUUUUACAAAUAUGAUAAUGUUCCUGAUGGGAUAUUCAGAGACAGACUGAAGCUGGACAAUCAAACUGGAUCUCUGACCAUCAUGAACAUCACAACUCAACAUGCUGGACUCUAUGAACUACAGAUAAGUGGAGCAAAACUGACAUCAAAAACAUUCAGUGUUUCUGUCUAUGCACAUCUGCCUGUUCCUAACAUUACCAGAGACUGUUCUUCAUCAUCAUCAUCUUCAGCAUCAUCCUAUUGUUCAUUGUUGUGCUCAGUGGUGAAUUUGAGUCAUGUGACUCUCUCCUGGUACAAAGGAAACAGUUUAUUGUCCAGCAUCAGUGUGUCUGAUCUCAGCAUCAGUCUCUCUCUACCUCUGGAGGUGGAAUAUCAGGAGAAAAACAGCUACAGCUGUGUGAUCAACAAUCCCAUCAGCAACCAGACCACACAUCUGGACAUUAGUCAACUCUGUCACACAUGUUCAGGUGUAUUUGAGGUGUCAUUGAUAAAGGGAGAUUCUGUCACUCUGAGCACUGAUGUUACUGAAAUACCUGAAAACAAUGACAUACUGUGGACAUUUGGAGUUGGUAGUUCUCUCAUAGCUGAAAUCAGAAGAGAGAAACAAAUCUUCUCAAUGUAUGAUGUUCCUGAUGGGAUAUUCAGAGAUAGACUGAAGCUGGACUAUCAAACUGGAUCUCUGACCAUCACAAACAUCACAACUCAACACACUGGAGUCUAUGAACUACAAAUAAGUGGAGCAAAACUGGCAUCAAAAACAUUCAGUGUUUCUGUCUAUGGUCGUCUGUCUGUUCCUAACAUUACCAGAGACUGCUCUUCUUCAUCAUCAUCAUCUUGUUCACUGGUGUGUUCAGUGGUGAAUGUGGGUCAUGUGACUCUCACCUGGUACAAAAGAAACAGUUUAUUGUCCAGCAUCAGUGUGUCUGAUCUCAGCAUCAGUCUAUCUCUACCUCUGGAGGUGGAAUAUCAGGAUAGAAACAGCUACAGCUGUGUGAUCAACAAUCCCAUCAGCCACCAGACCAGAAAUCUGGAAAUCAGCAAACUCUGUCAGCCAUGUGCAGACUCAGAUUCUUUGACAGUGUUGAUCUCUGUUGCUGUUGCUGAAUUUCUGUUGAUUUUUGCUGGAUUUGGGAUCUUCUGCAUCUGCUGGAAAUGUAGAAAAGCUGAUGAAGAAGGCAAGUGUCUCCUAUUCAUUUGAAUCAACUC